ACAUGCCGGAUCAUGUUUCUUCACACUGCAUAAUCGGUAAAUUUUUCACUCAAAGAAUUGUAUAAAAUUCUAGGCAAAACCCCAGAAAAUUGCAAUAGUUUCGUCCGAGUUUGAUUUUUGAUUUAGACAUCAAUAGAACGGCUAUUUAGCACCUCACUCAAGUUGUUUAAAAUACUGCUUUAUUACCGGACUACUUAUACAGUCGCCAGAGGGACAUUGUUAACAGCCUGUUUAACUGAAAAUGCCACCCGCUGGAAAACGAGCGAAAUUCGACAAUGCCACGGUGUCCCGCAUCCUGGCCAGCCUGCCAGAAGAUAGUUCUGAUCCUGAUAAUCAGUAUGUUCUCGGAUUGAUAACCGAUCGCCAGCGACAAUGCAUGCAGGCCGCUAGACGGGCUAGAAAACAGCGAUCUAAGAAGCCCGAGGAUGAUCUCGUUUCACCGGUGGCACCAGUCGAUGAAGUGGAAAUACCGGUAUACGACAUAAAUCCCAGUGAUCUGCAAGUGUUUACUCCAGGAUUUCUCAACUGUUCUGAAAGGGACAUUGACCGAUGGGUACGGACUAAUUUUAUUCAGGUGGAGGAAAAAGAGCUGUACACCAAUUAUGUUCUUCUCUUUUUCAGAAGGUAUGCCGAAAGUCAAAAAUGGAUUCAAAAGCCGCGUCAAAGUGCUUCUGUCAAGAGGUAUCUCGAUAUUGUCUUAGACUCCAAAUGUCGACGCGACAAGAACGAUGGGAACCGGGACUACCAAAGCUGCCUCGCUCUUUCACCGGACGGAAAAUCAAACUUUGUUCAGUUUACCAGACUUCCUCUGUCAAAGAUUAUCAAAAGUUAAUUCGAAUUAUAACUAAUAAUGUAUAAUGAACAUUUUCACUGUAAUAAUUAUUUUAAAAUCUUUAAACGAAGUAUAAAGUGCAUUGAAAUGCAGCAGUCAACGUAUUUUUUCGAGCAGCCACUUUAAUUUCUACAUUUCUACUGUUCGAAAGGCGAUUAAA